UAAACAUCGCUCCGACUCCGAGAGACCAAACCCACGGCGCCCAUCACACAAACCCAGACCCACACCAAACCAAAUCCACUGCGAGUAGACGAGCGAGAGUGAGGUACAGAGUGAGCUCUACAAGAAACCGAGGCCAGAGCCAGACCGGCUAGCGAGCGGCAGAGAGGUUGCAGCUAGCUAGUAUUCGACAACAUGAGCGUGGUGAUCCUCGACGGCUCGACGGUGCGGUCCUUCGUGGCGGACGAGGCCGCCUUCGCGCGCAGCGUGGACGCGCGCUUCGCCGCGCUCGACGCCAACGGCGACGGCGUGCUGUCGCGCGCCGAGCUCCGCCGAGCGCUGGAGUCCUUCCGCCUCCUCGACGGCGAGGGCUUUGGCUCCGCCGAGCCGCUCCCUCUUCCCACCGAGGUCGCCACGCUCUACGACGCCGUGUUCGAGCAGUUCGACGCCGACCACAGCGGCGCCGUAGACCACGCAGAGUUCCGCGACGAGAUGCGCCGCAUCAUGCUGGCGGUAGCUGACGGCCUCGGCUCCCAGCCGCUCCAGGUCGCCGUCGACGACGAGGGCGGUAGCUUCCUGCUCGAGGCCGCGGAGCACGAGGCCGCCAUGAUCGCCGCCAAGGUCCAAGAAGAAAGCAGGAAGGCGGUCGAGGAAGCCAGCAGCAAGUGAUGCCGCCGACGGGUCCACGUCGGACGGUCGGAGGACAUGUGUCCACGUGCCGGAGUAGUGGCGUGUAUGUAGACGUGGUGUCGCACGUGUAUACGUGAGAAUGGUGGCGUGCGUAUCUCCUGUGUGUACCGAAAUGAAAUAAAAAUCUAUUUUUCUCGAUA